AUGGCUGGAAAUUUCCUCGGGUUUUCAUUGGAAAGAGACACGGAAGACGAAUCUCAGUAUGUCAGGGAUCAAGAGAGAUCAGAGAGGCAACCAUUAAGCCAUGGAAAAAAUAUGGAAAAACCGAUUUCUUUCCAAAGAGGGGAUUUUCAUGAUGUAAUGAAUAUGGCAGAAGAAACAUACAAAUGCUUCUCAGGUCAAACACAAUAUGAUACCAGUUUGCAAACGCCCCCUGGAAAGAAGGCCCAUACUUGCUUCCCAUGUGGAAAGACGUUCUUUUGUGGAGAAGAGCUCAUUAAAGAUGAAAGAAUCCAUGUAGGAGAGAAACUGCAUUGCUGUUCAGACUGUGGGAAUAGAUUCUCGGACAAUUCAACCCUUGUUCAAGCUGAGAGUUCCCACCCUUCUGAAGGAGAGACAUUGAUCUGCUUAGCAAGUGAAAAUAAUUUCUCUGAUAGUAAAGUAUAUAAUAGUGGAAAGAGAUUCUAUAGCAGUGUUGAACAUCAACACCAUCUACAAACCCUGACACCAGAGAAAACUUCUGAGAGCUCUGAUUGUGGAAAGAGCAGCAGUGGAGGUCUUCAAAAGCAUUUUAGAACCCACACAGGAGAGAAACCUUUUGAGUGCUCAGAGUGUGGAAAGAAAUUCAGCAGGAGUGGAGGUCUUCAAAAGCAUUUUAGAACCCACACCGGAGAGAAACCUUAUCAUUGCCUAGAAUGUGGGAAAACAUUCAGUCGGAGUGACUAUCUUCAGUUGCAUCAAAGAACGCACACAGGAGAGAAACCUUUUAAGUGCUUAGAGUGUGAAAAAACAUUCAGAACCAGUGGAGAGCGUCGAAUACAUUUAAGAACCCACACAGGAGAGAAACCUUUUGAGUGCCCAAAGUGUGGAAAAAAGUUCAGUAUGAGUGGCCAUCUUCAAGUGCAUCAAAGAAUGCACACAGGAGAGAAACCUUUUGAGUGCUCACGGUGUGGAAAGAGAUUUAGUCAGAUUGGAGAGCUUCAAAAACAUUUUAGAACCCACACUGGAGAGAAACCUUUUGAGUGCCAAGAGUGUGGAAGAAGAUUCAGGUGGAGUAGUAAUCUUCAACUGCAUCAAAGAAUGCACACAGGAGAGAAACCUUUUGAGUGCUCAGAGUGUGGAAAGAAAUUCAGCAGCAGUGGAGGUCUUCAGAAGCAUUUUAGAACCCACACUGAAGAGAAACCUUUUCAGUGCCUACAAUGUGGGAAAAGAUUCACUAGGAGUGACUAUCUUCAAGUGCACCAAAGAAUGCACACAGGAGAGAAACCUUUUGAGUGCUCAGACUGUGGAAGGAAAUUCAGCACCAGUGGAGAUCAUCAAAACCAUUUAAGAACCCACACAGGUGAGAAACCUUUUGAGUGCUCAGAGUGUGGAAAGAAAUUCGGCAGCAAUGGAGGUCUUAAAAAGCAUUUUAGAACUCACAUUGGAGAGAAACCUUUUGAGUGCUCAGAGUGUGGAAAGAAAUUCAGCAGGAGUGGAGGUCUUCAAAGGCAUUUUAGAACCCACACCGAAGAGAAACCUUUUCAGUACUUAGAGGGUGGAGAAGGAUUCAGUGAGAGUGACUAUCUUCAAUUGCAUCAAAGUACGCACACAGGAUAGAAACUUUUGAAGUGCUCAGAGUGCGGAAAGGAAUUCAGCAACUGUGGAAAUCAUCAAAAACAUUUAAGAACCCACACAGGAGAGAAACCUUUUGAGUGUUCAAAGAGUGGAAAGAAGUUCAGUAUGAGUGCCAUCUUCAAGUGCAUCAAAGAAUGCACACAGGAGAGAAACCUUUUGAGUGCUCAUGGUGUGGAGAGAUUUAGUCAGAUUGGAGAUCUUCACAAGCAUUUUAAAACCCACACUGGAGAGAAAUCUUUUGAAUUGUCAGACUGUUGAAUAAAGGUGUAUCUAGGC